ACAAUUAAUCCUAUCCAUUUAAAUUACAGAUUCUCCUGAAUUUCACUUCCCUUGUAAGAAAGAGUUUUAGGACUGAAAUUGCAAUUGUUCUAUUGUUUCACUGAAGCCGUCUCCCAAUUGUCGACCGUCGCAAUCCAGAGAGUGAGGAGAAAGAAAAUGGAGGAAUCGGUGAAGAGAUACUUGGAGAAAGGAGGGGGAGAGAAUGAUAAGAACGCAGCAAGUAUAGAUGGUAUGCCUUUGAGAUUCUUCGAACGCUUCAUCAUGCAAGGCCUCCGGACGGAUCUCAUCGAACCUGGUCGCGUUAUAUGCUCCAUGAAAGUCCCUCCUCGUUUACUGAACGCUGGUAAGUUCUUGCAUGGUGGGGCCACAGCAACACUGGUGGACUUGGUUGGCUCUGCUGUGAUAUUAACUCUUGGACUUCCCACUGGAGUUUCUGUGGAAAUCAAUGUAUCAUACUUGGAUGCUGCUUAUGCUGAUGAGGAAAUUGAGAUCGAGUCAAAGGCUUUACGUGUUGGGAAGGCUGUUGCUGUUGUGAGUGUAGAAUUGAGGAAGAAAGAAACUGGGAAAAUUAUUGCUCAGGGCCGUCAUACGAAAUACCUUGCGGUUAGUAAAAUGUAAAUUGGCAUUAAAGUUUGCAGCUUGCCACACUAUCUGGCCCUGCCCUCCCCAAACAACUCUAAUAAAGAUUGAGUGUUGCUUUUCUCCCUUUUGAUAUUUGGGUUAGGAACUUCGAAUCAUCUAUUUUGUUAUGGAAGGAACAUGUUCCGUACCGAUCGACUCACAAGCUCAAAUAUACGUAUUCAAAAAUUUUCACAAUUUAAAAUUUCUGAUGGCUGGCAUUCAAUUAAAGGAUUGGUUAUUUU